GCUUACAUGUCACAUGGAAAACGUAGCUAAAACAUCAGUGUUUAGGGUGUGAUUAUUAUUUAUUUGGGAAUCUCUGAGACACGAACGAAAAGUUGCAUAAAAAUACAUAUAUUUACACAAUUUCUAUUGGCUAAUCUUCUGCAGAAAUUUCUUAAUCAUCAUGUCAAACAUUCAAUGCAAAAUAAUGCUUAAUCGCUGCUUGGAACUGAUGCGUGCCCGCAUCGAGGAGGCGCAGAGUCGACACGUUGGUCAUCGCGAACAGAACGCGCAGUCUGCAGUCGCCAGCAGCUUUUUGUCCAUGGAGCAGGAGUUGCGGGAGCGGGAGAAGAUGUCCGCCUACCAGCGGAACAAGCGUCGCUCCAUGUGGGAGCAGCAGGAGCAGAAGAACCACCUCCAGCAGAACGACGCCGGAGAACGCAGCGGCGAUCGCACCUGGGUUGACUUUCCCGACUCUGAACGUCGUCGCUCGGCCAACAACCGUCCAAGCACGGCCAAACCGUGCAACGAUGCGGCCAAGGCCUUCAUUACCCAGUGGGGGGGAAAAAGUGAUUCUUGCACUUGAUUUAUUCCACAUUUGUGGGCUUAAAAUUUGUAGUGAACCGAGCAAGCGUGUCCAAAAAUAAAUCCCAAAUAAGA